CCGUCCGGGCUCGCCCCCUCCACAACGCGCGACUCCGCGUUAUUACCACGGCAAUGCCCGCAAUGCCGACGCGUUCGCCAGUCGCCACUGUUCAGUCGCCACUCGCCGUUACUCCGCGGUCGGGAAAUUCGAAAAGUCGCCCGCGCCACGCCGCCCUCCUGUUGUCCGCCCCGCAGCGGUUGUGUCGCGCGUACGUACCGACGCGGUCCGAUCGUUAUUUCGCCGCCUGCCUAUAAUUUCAAAGGUACAUAAUACAUAAUAUUUUAAUAGUAACGCUCGUUCUACAUUACCAGGUAGCAUAAUCGUUCGUGAACGACGAACCGCCACCCGUAUUAUGGAGUUUAAGUUCAACAUCCGGAACGUGGCCACCGAAGAGGUGCUGAAGGUGAACAAUACGCUCACGGCCGCAGGACACGAGCAAAACGACGAGUGAGUAACCAUGUGGUGGGAUAACCACGCCGCGGCGUCGCCCGCCCGGGAAUAAAUCGGAAUUUACGACCAAAGUUCGUCGUUUUUCACGUUUGUUGUUUUUCCUCCGAAACGUGAUUUUUAAUGCUCAAUCCAUCGGUAUAAUCAAAACUUACCUGUCGUUUACCUUUUGAAGUCGCUGUAUAUAAACCUCGAAAAAUAGCAUUACGGGCGUACCCGGAGACCUGGCGGGGUCGCUAGGGUUUGAACGUUUUUAACUCUAAAUCUAAAUCGGAUUGACUUAUUCUGUCUUCAAUAAUAAAAAAAAAAAAAAACUUUUUUUUAUCAAAUUAUCAAUAACUACAGAUCAUAAUAAUAAAAACGACCACAUGUUGGAUCAAUUCCGAAAAUGCUAUGUUUCAAGAUUUAUGUACAAUAACUAUAAAAGUAAGUGUGAUAGGUAAGUUUUGAUUAUACCAAUAGAUAAAGCAUUAAAAAUCACAAAUUUUGAAAAAUAAAUUAAAAAUGUUUAAUUCUCAUCAAGAAAUACGUGAAACCGAAAAAUCGAAUUUCAUGAAGUUUUCCCCCAUAACUUCUAAACGAAGUUCGUCUGACUUUUAUAUUUUUAGAUACCUAAUGUACAGGCAAAAAUACAAAUUUUGAAAAAAAAAAAAUCUAAAAAAUGAACUUGGGUCAUAAACUAGAUUUAUAUACCCCUACCUGUUUAGAAAAUAUGAAAAAAAUAUUAGGUACCAUUAAGAUGCCAUUUUAUAUGCCUCGGUAAAAUCAAUAAAUUUGGUAAGAUUUAGAGUGCUGAAGUUGAAUACAUUUUUUAGGUCAUAGACCUUUCCUUAAAACAAUAUUAUUUUAAACCAUUACCUACUUAAUAAACUUAUUUAUUGUAAGAUAUUAUUAGUACUUAUAUUGUAUAUACAAUUAUGUGCGAUCUUAUAUGAGAAAACUAAUUGGGUAAAAUGAAAUAUUUUAAUUUUAAAUUAUGUUUAAAAAACCGAAUUUAUAUCUAUUGUGGUACAAAAAUGUGUAUAAAACAACAUUUCAAUACUUUCAACAUGAAAAUAGUCUAUAAUUUUUUUUUCUUCUUUUGUAAAUACAAUAAAAAUUAUUUUAAUUAUUGUAAUUUACUUUAUAAAAUUAAAAAAAAAAAAAAUGGAUAUGAUAUUUGGACAUGUCCCUGAGAGAGAGAAGUUUGAAGCGGUAAGAAUUAUAAUCAAAAUAAACAGGAGAAAAGAGGUGUAAAGGAAAAUUAAAAGUUAGUUGGUUGAACGUGCUUGAGUAUGAUAAGAGUACAGCCUGUGUAUGGGAGGGGAGUUUGGGUCGAGUGAAAGUUUAGAACAAAGGUGGCCGACCCCAAACAGUUAGGAUGAAGACGAAGUAGAAGAAGAAUUAUUGUACUUUAUACUUUUUGUAUACAAUAAUGGUAUAAUAGUAUUGGAUACAUAAAAAGCACUAUAAAACAAAUACAAAUAUUAACAUAAUGAGGUUCCUUGCUAAAAUAUGAAUAUUGUUGAUUAUUUGGAAUUACCUAUUUAUAGUUUAUUUAUGAUGACAGCAAGCAGAACUUGGUUAAUACAAAGUUGAUUAAAUAAACUUCAUUGAGUAAACGGGAUAUUAAAUUAAAUUACUAUCUAUUAUUGGUUAUCGCUUAAAACAUGUAUUAAUUACAAAUGCAUUUAAAUGUUUCAAUUUUAAUCAGCAAUUUAUUAAUAACAUAACCCUUAAAGCCUCUUUGCUAUGACCUAGGACAUUAAAUACUACUAUUCGCCUAUUUUUCACAAAAUGUUCAGUUACUUUUAUAAAAAUAAUUGGAACUACCAUAUUUUAGAAUCAGUUAUAGGAUGUAAUAUUUUAGUUUUCCGAUGAGAAUUAUAAUUUAAUUAAAUAUAAAUAAUAAUACUUUUAACCUAAUUGCUUAGUUUUAUAAUUUAAAUUAUGUACUUUGUAGUUUAAAAAAAAUAAUGUCUAUGAUUAUUGAUGAGAUGGGCAAAGCAUCAGCCGUGGCACAAGAAUUAAAGUCACCGAUUACCAGUGCCGACAAACUUGCUAAAUCUGACCAUAUCAUAUACGUGAUGACUGAACACAACACACCAGAGUAAGAACAAAUGUAUUAUUGAAUGUUGUGUGGUUUUUUCUUGUUUUCAAACUUCCCGUCAUUAAAUAUGUAGUUAAUAAUUAAUUGGUGUUUUGUAUUAUUUCUGUUUGUUUUAUUUAGAAAUUUCGGUGUUGUCGGAAUUUUGAAGAUGGGAUGGAAAAAGUUGUAUCUUUACGAUAAAGCUGGAUCACGAUCAGAAGCUAUGGUUUAUUGUCUGUUAGAUUUCUACGUUCACGAGUCAAGACAACGUAAAGGUUAUGGAAAACGUUUGUUCGAAUGCAUGCUACAGGUAUUUUUCUUAAUAUUUUAUUUUAAUAUGGUAUUAUUACUAUAUUACUUUUGUAUUUAAACAAUUUUAGGAUAUCGAUUUGGAUGCCAAAGAUUUGGCUAUUGACAAGCCAACUAAAAAAUUGUUGCAGUUCAUGUGGAAGCAUUAUCAAUUAUCCAAAUUGGUUAACCAGGGAAACAAUUUUGUUAUCUAUGAGGAAUUUUUUGAGGAUACAUGUAAGCAUUUUUAUAAUAUAUUGUCUUAAUUUUUUGUGAAAGUUACUAAAUAAAUUUAAUGCUAAAUCAUUAAUGUUGAUUGAUAGUCGAUGAAAAGAACCUUGACAAUAGUGGAAGCCGGUAAACUAUUUAUUUCUUAUGUAAAAUUUUUUUUCCAAUAUUUAUUUAAAAUUCUUAUUAUUUUUUUUUUUAUUGUUAUAGAGCAUCAGCGUAUAAGCGUCAGCCAAAGUUUGGACGGCACGGAGCUCACAAACACCAUGAUACAAUGGGAGAAGUGAGUUCUUAUAUUUUAGAUACAUUUAGUUGUAAUCAGUAUACAUUUUCAUAAAUUUCACAAUUAAUAUAUUAAAAACAAAAAAAUUUAUCACUAAUUUAUAAUAAAAAAAAAAAAACUAUAAGCCACGAGCUUUACUAUGUAUAAUAAUAUAGUAUUAGGGAUAGACCAUAUUAGGUAAUAAAUUAAUACAAAAAACUCCGGAACUUCCUCGAGGCUUAUGCGCUUUAUUUUAUUAAUUACCCAGGUAAUAUGUAUUGUAAAAUGUGGUUUAUUUUUGUUGACAGUGUAUUUUAACAUUUUUUUUUUUAAUUUGUCACCUAUUAGAACCAACAUAUUUGUCUCAAUUUAUUGGUUUAGUUUUAAGUGAAAAAUUAAUUCAUUGUUCAUUUUAAAUUUGAUUAUUAUUUCAUUUUGAUUGAUUUGGUAAAAUAUUUAAUGUAAUUUCAAAGUACACAAGUAAAUAAAAAAGGUGAUACUGCUAAUGUGUUCUAUUUUUGUAGGUGGAAAGUUGAGAAAGUAAGAUAUGUAGAAUCAUUAAAUGUAUAUCUGAGGGUAUAUAACAAUAAGUCAUUGAAAAUUAAAAAAAAAAACGAUUCAGAGCAAGCUUUGGUUAAGCAUAUUUUGAGGAAUUUCUCAUUUUUUUUUUUUUUAAUAUUUUCAUAAAAACUUAACUUUUAACUUUUAUAUAAAAAUCACGACUAAGUUUAUAUUUAAUAUUUGAUGUGUGCAAUAAAAAUAAUUUAUGAUUAAUCUUGUAUCAAAUUGUCAAAUCUUCUGGAGAAGCCAAAUAAUUAUUAUCUAUACAAAACCAAAGAAAAACUUUUAAAAAGCUAUAAAUAACUUGUAGUAUUCAGUAAAUUUCAGGAUUAUUUUUAACUAUCAAAAAAAUGACUAGACUUUUAUCUAACAAGAUACAAUUUACUACGAGAAACUACCCCUAAUGUUUAUGAUUUCAGCUUAGAAUCUAAAAGUACAUAAUUACAUGUCAUGCGAGUAAAUUAUAAUUUUCUUGUAAAAAUAGUUUUAUUUUUUUAAAAUAAAUAAAUCCAUUGUCGUAUAAAUUUGAUAACUCAUUUUAAUAACUCUUGACCCUGUGUAUAUAAUAUUAUGUACUAAAUUAAUUAAAAUAUUAAUGGAAACAAUUUAAUUUUUUUAGAUCGUACAGGGUGAAGGCGAUGCUGCUUUUGUGAAACAUCAAUAUAACCAUGACACCAUUUUGUAAAUAUUUGAAGACCUAUAAAAUAAUUUUAUAAUGCUCAAUUUUUAAUAUAAAUUUUUAGUGUUGAAAACCAGUUCAAAGAGAUAAAUCCGCAUCCUGAAACUGCAGGUGCAUUUGAAACAGACAAAGAUGGAAACUCUGUGAAGCGAGAUCUUAAAUAUCAUCAUAACACUUUAUGGUAACUGAAUAGAACAGCUGUCGCCCUAUUCAAUUUUACACUUAUCUGCAUUAUUAAUUAUUACUAAUAAAUGUUAUUGCAAAUGACUGCUUAAUAUGUAAUUUAUAUAUAUUUUAGAGUUAUACAUUAAUUUUUUUUAUUAUAUUUUUUCCAUCACUAUUGUAACAUGAUUAAUAUACAAACACUUUGAAAUUAUA